GUGGUGAUUCGGAGGCUCCCACCUAACCUGUCCAAGGACCAGCUAGAAGAACAAUUGAGUCCACUUCCCUGUUAUGAUUACUUUGAGUUCUUUCCAGCAGAUCAAAGUCUCUAUCCCCACCUGUUCUCCAGAGCGUAUAUCAAUUUCAAAAACACAGAGGACAUCCUGCUGUUCCGGGACAGAUUUGAUGGCUAUGUCUUCAUUGAUAACAAGGGCCAAGAGUAUCCUGCUGUGGUAGAGUUUGCUCCCUUUCAGAAAAUUUCAAAGAAGAAGCUGAAGAAGAAAGAUGCUAAAGUUGGAAGCAUUGAAGAAGACCCAGAAUACAAGCGUUUCUUGGAGAAUUACUCCUGCGAUGAAGAAAAGUCUAUGGCCAACCCGGAAACAUUGCUGGGGGAGAUUGAGGCCAAGACCAAAGAGCUCAUAGCCAAACGGACGACACCACUGCUGGAAUACAUCAAGAAUAAGAAAAUUGAAAAACAGAGGAUAAGAGAAGAGAAGAGAGAGGAGAGGAGAAGGAGAGAGCUUGAAAAGAAAAGACAACGCGAGGAGGAGAAACGAAAGCGUCGGGAGGAGGAAAGACGCAAACGAAAGGAAGCCGAGAAGCAGAAGAAGCUGUCCGAUAAAGACAUUAAAAUUAAGCUUCUGAAGAAAAGUGACAAAGAUGAUGACGGUAAUUCAGACCAGAUGAAGGACAAAAGUGAUKCAGGGGAACCAGACAGGACCAAAUGGGAAAAAGCUGGAGGACAAAUGAAGUCAAAAGAACCCAAAGAGAAAUGCCAGACUGAGCGUGACACUGAGCCACGAGAGCAGCAGCAGCAGCAGCAUGGGCGCCGACAGAGAGACAAAGACCACAGAGGAAAAGAUGARGAGAGGAAACGGCAGCGACACCACUAUGAGUUUGACAAGUUUAUGAGGCGGAAAGAUGAGACCAAAUGGGGCAAAGGAUACUGCCAGGACCGAGCCAAAAAAGAGGGGCAUCAUCAUGGCUACUCUUAUUGUCYCGACAGUGGAGAGAAAAUGGGAAAGGAAGACAGGGAAGAGCUGAGUAACAGGAAGGAACGCCUCCGAAACAAGGUGAGCGAAAAGGACCGUCCAACCAUGCAGCUCUAUCAGCCAGGAGCACGCAGCAGGAAACGCAUGAGCUCAGCCAGUAAAGGCUACGACUGCAUCCCUGUGGGCCACUCACCUGACUGCAGGACAGAGCACUGUUACGAGGUUGUUUCAAUGACAACAGGYCUGGAGAGGGGGUUUGAGAAAAACAAAGAUGAACAGUGAGUUGUCAAGAUAAAAUGGGGAAGUGAAAUAUAGAUAAGACUUUUAGCAUUUCAGGUUAAGUUGACUGGGCUAACUGGUUUUUCAGUUCCUUUUUACAGAGUGGAACUCAAAUUGUGAGUAAUCAGUCUUAUAAACACUUUCUGGUCUAGUUUUUUAAGCGUCAGUGUAGUUACAAUUUACAGGUAAGCUUCUGAUUAUCUUCUGCGUGAGAACUUCUUUUGUCUUUGUACAGAAAAACUGAUCUUUUUUGUCUCUUUGUUUUUUUGUUCUUUUUUGUUUUAGAUAUUUAUCGUAUUUAAAAAGAAUUUUGGUAGAAG